AUGGACCAGCGUGGGUGCAGACCCGAUCUGGAUGUCAUAAUAGUUGGCGCCGGGUUAGCUGGCAUAAAUGCAGCCUACCGCGUGCAAUCUGAGCUGCAACACAGUCGCUAUCUUGUGAUAGAAAGCAAAAGCAGAAUCGGUGGUAACUGGAAUAACUUCAGAUACCCCGGGCUCCGUGCUGACUCCGAUGUCUAUACUUACUCGUAUCCCUGGUUCCCAUGGAACCAGAAGACCAAACAUGCCGAUCGAGAGUCCAUCCUACGUUAUCUGACAGCUGCUACCGACUCAUUCCAGCUGGAAAAUCAUAUUAUGUUUGAUCACAAACUACAUACAGCACAUUGGUCCACCAAGUUGCGUCUGUGGAGACUAGUGUGCCGUCAUUAUCAGAGGCAAAAAACUAGCACGGUGAUAUUUCGCGCUAGGUUUGUCAUCUUCUGCACGGGAAUAUUCAACCAUGACGAGGCGCGGCCGGCCUUAAUUGCAGGGUUGGGCAAUUUUGCUGGCCCUGUUGUCCACCCUCAGUUCUGGCCCGAGUACUUGAACUAUGCAGACAAACGCAUCUUGCUGAUCGGUAGCGGAGCAACAGCAAUGGCAUUGCUCCCAGAGCUCGCUGACACCGCUGCAUCCGUGACUCUCGUCCAGAGAAGUCCAGGGUACCUUCUCACCCUACCGGAGAGAGAGCAUUCUAAGAAUGAGGGUUAUCGCUGGACUUAUCGAGUCAAAUGGAUCGGCUGGAUGAUGAUCAUGAAGCUCUUCUACCAGCUCUGCUGCCUGUUUCCGGGCUUGAUGAAGUGGAUAUGCAUCGCCUGGACACGGUGGCAGCUCCCUGCCCAUGUCCCCGUCAAGCCUCAUUUCACCCCCGCAUACAACCCGUGGGAACAACGACCGAAUAUCUCCCUCGGACGGAAAAUCUUCCGAGCCCUGGAAUGCGGAAGAGCAUCAAUAGAGACUGGCCACAUAGCCUACGUUGACUGCCAUGGUCUGAUGCUCCAGUCUGGAAAGUAUCUCUCCGGCGACAUCAUUGUGACCGCGACAGGGCCGAAGCUUCAGUUCGCCGGCGGGACUCGGAUCUUUCUCGACGAUGCGCAGAUCGAGCCGGGUAGGAAACUGGCCUGGAAUGCUGUUAUGGUACAGGAUAUUCCUAAUGCGGGCUUUGUCACGGGGUAUGUGCACACAUCGUGGACAUUGGGGGCGGAUAUGCGAACACUACUGAUUUGUCGUGUGAUUCGGGAGAUGGAGAGGGAUGGGAUUCGGGCUUUGGUCCCUCGGUUCCCGCGCGAUGCGCAGACUGUUACGCGGCGGUCUGUUUUGCUGAACUCGUCCUACAUCUUGUCCCAAGAGCAAUGUCUGCCAAAAGUGGGCGAUUUUGGUCCCUGGAGGGCAAGAGACACAUACUUGACUGACUUUCUCUUUGCGAGAUACAGUCGAAGAAUAUAUGAAGGCCUUGCAAAAUUGGACAAGAAUUGA